AUGAUGCAACCACGGAUGACAGUGCUCCGUCAGCAGCUACGAUGUUUACUGCCACUCAAAGAUCUCGGGCCGAUCCUACUGUCAACAUUACUCAUCAGUGUCGCAUCAAUCGACCAACAGAAACAUACUCUGCGAGCACUAUUGGAUACGGGAAAUCAGGUCAGUUUUAUCACGAAGCAGUGUGCAGAUCGCCUCUUUGUGACCCGCCGACGUUGCACUACAAAAAUCAGCGUGUUCUCAGGCACACCGGUUAACGUGGUGUCUGGCAUGACCACAAUUACAAUGUCACCAGUAAACCAAUCUGAACCAUCCAUUCCUCUCGAUGUUCUUAUUGUGUCAAAAAUCACAGAUGUCACACCUCAAGAAACUAUUCAAGCAACCUCAUGGCCACACAUCAAUCAACUAGAUCUGGCAGAUCCAACCUUCCACACUCCAGGGCAAGUUGAUAUCUUGCUCGGCGCAGACGUCGCACCAGCUAUCUUCACCGGUGAUCGCAUUGCUGGUCUUCAACAUCAUCCAAUGGCCUUUGGCACUGUAUUUGGAUGGGUUUUGAUGGGACCAGCUGAAGCAAUGACACCCAAGCCAGUCACGUCAAUGUUAGUCACCUCUGAUUCAACACUUGAACAAUCUUUGUCAAUAUUCUGGGAGAUGGAGGAACCACCCCAUAAACACCAUUUAUUUGAGCCCAGAUGA